CACAGUUACAGCAAAGUAUAGCGACAGCAGCGCAGGUGUGUCUGGAAAUCCUGGGCUUGAUCUAGGCUGCGUAUUCUCCGUUAUUUUUAAAUACAUCGAAAGCCUGACCAGCUAGUGACCUCAUAUAAAUAGACGAAUAUGGCUAGUGGACAUGAAACAUUUUCAUGUCUAAGAUCUAAGCAAGAUUUUGACAGUAUACUUUCCACGUCUGGGGACAAGCUGGUUGUUAUAUACUUCAGCGCCACUUGGUGCGGACCAUGCCGAUCCAUCUCGCCGGAGUUUGAAACUCUUUCAAAAGAUCCUGAAAUAGCCUCCAACGUAGUUUUCUGUAAAGCUGAUGUAGACGAAGCGUCAGAAAUAGCAGAAGAAUGUGAAGUCCAAUGUAUGCCGACAUUCUGCUUCUUCAGAGGGGAAUCAAAGAUAUACCAGUUCUCUGGAGGAAAUAAAGGAAGACUGAGAGAAUACAUCGCAAAAUACAAGUGAAAUUGAUGCUUUACAGCUGAUUAUUAGUUCUAGAUAUUGUAUGUGAGACGUGAAGGUUAUGUAAGUGAACUUAUUUUUCUAGUCUGCAGUCAGAGAUCAAGGGUUGUUAUUGGAGGACAGUUGAUGUCCUCCGUUAGAGGGAUAGUACAGUAGUUCUGCACCAGUGAAUUUGCACAAUGUUUGUGCCACCCUGCCUGCCGCAGCACGCAUGUAGAAACCCUACGGCAGUGACUAGUUCGAUAUGACUCAUUUUCUUUUUCUUUUUUAGUCAUAUGAAAUAAUCCCUUAGAAAUAUGUACUAUAUUUUGCUGUUUGUUUGUAUGUGGGUCAAUGUUUUGGUCACAGGUUUUCAUUGUUGAUAUACCAUGAGGAUUUUUAGUAUCAAUAUGUGAUAAAGAUGGAAGUUAUAUGCGUCACACUUCUGCACAGAGUGCAACAGCAGAGUGAUCGGCAUGUCUCAAAUGUCACACAUGUUCAAUCAUACAGAAGAUGUCUUGUUAUCAGAGGACUUGUAUUGUCCUCCAAAAGUGGCUGUCUCUCCUGACUGGUAUUGUAAGUCAAUAUUGUUUGCACCAAUCUACAUUGUAGUGGAUAUUUUCUGCUUUUUUUUUCUUUGUAAACGCCAAUACGGUAUCCUUUUAUUUCACACCAAUUUAUGGAUGAUAGAAAUGAUUGCUUGGACUUUAGUGAUGUACAUAGUUUUAGGAGCUAUG